GAAUGGAGCCGUUCUCUAACUUCGUUAUAAUAUUUCUAGCUGCGUUUAUUAAUGUGGCAUAUGGCAUGCAUAAUCCAAUGAUGCGCGAUAAUUGUGAUUUGGGAGAGCAUCUAACUUGCAAGUAUCGGCUUGUUCACUGCUGGAUGUACGAGUGCGUUUGUCUUCCGGACCACGCUUACUUGGGACUUGGAAAUGGUUGUCUCCACCUGACAUACGCUUAAAAAUAAGUUAUGAAAACUAUAAGCACUUUUCAUUCAUCUAUGAGCAAGAUAAGCUUUUUUUAUAAACAUCUGAAAGUAUCCUUUUUCAAGUAACAUCUCUUAGGGAGAAGAACACAAUUCUUAAAAAUGUUAUUUACAACCAUCGUAAUAAAACGCAUAAGACUUCAGCUUACAUGCUAA